AUGAAUAAACCACUUGAACAACAUGCAGAAUCCUAUACUUCUACGCAAAUAAUCAUUACUUCGAAUACUCAAACUUAUCAGCAACUUAAUAAUCUACCAACACAGAUUGCACCUCAAUUUUUACAGAAACCGCCUUUACUAAAACAAAAGCACAGCAAAUCUUUUGAAAAUAAAAACUUUCAUCAAUUAUCUGUACAAAAUAAUUUACAAGAACCUUCUUUUUCACCAAAAAAUAAGCGCAAUAAAUCUCCUGCACCAGAUACCAGAAAGGAACCUCAACAAACCCAACAAAUUUCUUUUUGCAAUAAGUGUAAGGAAUCUGGACAUUCUAAACAAAAUUGUCCAAGAAAUCAGUCUCUCCAAUAUGCCCAGCAAAUUCAACAAACACUUCAAGUACAACAAAUGCAACAAACUCAACAAAUCCAGCAGACUCAGCAAAUACAGCAAACUACUGUUUGCCAUAAUUGUAAAGAAUCUGGGCAUUUUAAAAAAAAUUGUCCAAGAAAUCAAUCUCUUCAACAUACUCAGCAGACCCAGCAAGCACUACAAACACAGCAAAUGCAACAAAUUCAGCAAAACCAAAAAACUUCUUUUUGUCAUAAUUGUAAAGAAUCUGGACAUUUAAAAAAAAAUUGUCCAAGAAAUCAAUCUCUUCAACAUGUCCAGCAAACUCGCCAAGCGCUCCAAGUACAUCAAGUACAACAAACUCAACAAACCCAACAAAUUUCUUUUUGCAAUAAGUGUAAGGAAUCUGGACAUUUAAAAAAAAAUUGUCCAAGAAAUCAAUCUUUUCAACAUGUCCAGCAAACUCACCAAGCGCUCCAAGUACAACAAGUACAACAAACUCAACAAACCCAACAAAUUUCUUUUUGCAAUAAGUGUAAGGAAUCUGGACAUUCUAAACAAAAUU